GUUUGUUUAGUACAAAACCGGUGGAUUUCUUGAGGCGCAUCAUGGCGCAAAGCAAAACCGAACUCAUGGCCGUACUGGCCGUGAUGCGGAAGUACAAUCUGAAGGGCACAGAGGAGCUGCUAAAGAAGGAAGCUGGCCUGGCCGAUAUCCCGGAGAAUGUGGCCGGCGAAGCGGAGGUAAACAGUGUGCUGGCAGCGUACAAAAGCGAGGGCGAUCCGGACAUAUACGAAAACUCCUACAUGGAGUUGCGCAAGUUCGUGGAGGAAUCGUUGGACAUUUACAAGCACGAGCUCGCCCUCAUACUGUACCCGGUGCUGGUGCACAUGUACAUCGAGCUGGUGUACAACAGUCACGAGGUGCAGGCAAAAAAGUUGAUCACGAAGUUUGGCCCCGAGCAGGAGUAUUACUAUCAGGAUGAGCUGGCUAAGCUGGCGAUGGUAACGAAGCGGGACGAGAUGAGCGGAAACGACAUUACGGACACAUUCAAAUCGAACGCGUUUACCAUUCGUAUAUCGCGCGAUACACUUUCCCUGCUGAAGCGUCACCUGCACGAGAAGAAAGCAUCCGUUAUACUGAACAUUGUGAAUGAGCAUAUGUACUUUGAUCUGUACGAGGGUGUGGCAAGAAAUAAGGCUCAGUGUGACGCGACCAGCGGUGCAAUGACCGGUGAAGCAAAGCGGCAAGAUAACAAAAUCAAGGUUUAUUACGGAUUGCUCAAGGAACCGGACGUACAGACGCUCGUACAAGCCCCGCCGGAAGAGGACGACGAUAUGGAUCCGGACGCACCGGACAAACCAAAGAAGAAAAAGCCCAAAAAAGAUCCACUUUUUUCGAAGAAAUCUAAAUCCGACCCAAACGCACCACCGCUCGAUCGUAUUCCACUGCCAAAGCUGAAGGAUGUGGACAAGAUGGAAAAGAUUAAAGCGCUGCGUGAAUCUACCAAGCGGGUCAAUCUUGGACCGGAACUGCUGCCCUCGAUCUGUAUGUACACGCUGCUGAAUGCGAACCACACCGUCACAUGUGCGGAUUUCUCUGAAGACUCCAGUCUCCUGUCGGUUGGAUUCACCGAUUCUUCCAUCAAAGUGUGGUCCAUGACGCCGAUGAAACUGCGCGAAAUGAAGAGCGCCGAACAGUUGAAGGAAAUUGAUCGCGAUGCGGAGGACGUACUGAUCCGGAUGCUCGAUGAUCGGAAAGCGGAAACGUGUCGUACGUUGCUCGGUCACAGUGGACCAAUCUAUCGAACUUCGUUCGCACCGGAUCGAACGAUGUUGCUGUCCUGCUCGGAAGAUUGUACGAUCCGGCUGUGGUCGCUUCAUACCUGGACGUGCGUUGUCGUGUACAAGGGCCACCAGUAUCCGGUGUGGGAUGUUCGAUUUUCCCCUCACGGACACUACUUCGUGAGCUGUUCGCACGAUCGGACGGCACGGUUGUGGGCCACCGAUUCGUACCAGCCGUUGCGUGUGUUUGCUGGCCAUUUGUCCGAUGUGGAUGUUUGCAUUUUCCAUCCAAACAGUAACUACGUGGCAACCGGUUCGAGUGAUCGUACCGUACGGCUGUGGGAUGUUUGUGUGGGCAAUCAUCAUCGGUUGCUGACCGGACACAAGGCACCAAUCUAUUCGCUUGCCUUUUCUAUGUGCGGUCGGUAUCUUGCUUCCGGAUCAGCCGAUAAUCGUGUGUUGAUUUGGGAUCUUGCCCAUGGGCAUUUGAUUGCUGCGCUGACCGGACAUACGGCUUCGAUCCAUUCGAUUUGCUUCAGCCGUGAUGGAACGAUCCUGUCGACGGGUGGGCUCGAUUGUGCUCUUAAGCUGUGGGACUUUACCAAGCUGGUGGACGACAUUAGUGGGGAGAAUGUGAACGUGUCGCACAAUCCGGAUGUGCGCGAUGGGGAGCCGUAUCUGUUGCGUACGUUCCCGACCAAACAGUCACCGUUCCUGACGUUGCAUUUUACGCGCCGGAACUUGCUGCUUGGGGUUGGAAUGUAUGAGCUGGGUGUAUGAAAGAGAGGGGGAGAGGGUAGAGUCUAAGGAGACACACAUUCGCAUUUGAACGGCAUUUGAAAGUAUGAAGAAAAUUUUAUAAUAA